AUGGCGUUGGCGUGUAGGAGGAAGAAGAAUGAGACCUCGGGGAUUCGAGAACGGAGGCGUGUCAUAGGUAUUGACGAACGAGAUGACAAGGAGAGGGGUAGUGCAUGGACAGGACAGGGUAAUGUAGGGUCGUCGGAUAGUUCGCGAAGCGAGGUAGCCUGGUGUGUGCGUGUGAAGCCCGGGGUGGUGUGGUUUGUCGCUGCGGAGAAGGAGAAGCGGGAUGCGUCGUUGCCAGCCGAACCCCAAGAAAAGGUGCAAGAAAGAUGGACAACGGGGCGAGACCAAUGCUGGGGAAGAAGGCUCUCGUGGUCCGAGUCAGCAAGAUCGACAGCGUGGCAGCUGCCGUUCGGCCAAAUUGUCAUGCUGCUGACCGACAUGAUUGACCGCCGCUUCCUCGCCGCAGGCAGCCAGCAUUCGGCAAAGGGCAAAGCCCAAAGGGCAAAGGGUAAAGCCCAAAGGCUCAAGGGCAAAGGCCAAAGGGCAAGGCAGACCACGAGGCAAGUCAGCUCCAUGGGGCUACUCGAUUGCAUGCUCAUGGGUAACUGCGUUCAAUAUUGGACGAUCGUGACCUGA